CUCGUCUGGUUCGAACUGGUCUGGUCUGUUCUUACGCCAUUUGCCUCUAUUUCUGCAGUUCCGGAUCCUGCUUCUCAGCGUGUAACCGACUUCUUACGUCGACAUGGCUGAUUCUGUCUAUCCGCUGGGGGGGCAAGACGUUAACGCAUUAGCAGAGAAGAAAGACUCCGAGGCGACUAUUGUAGAACCUUUGGACUUGCAGGGUGACCACUUCGAUCAUGGGAUUCGUGCGUGGGGAACUGUCAUAGGAUCGUGGCUCGUGCAGUUUUGCAUUAUUGGUGUUCCUCUGUCGUUUGGUGCCACGGAAAGCUUUUACGCUCGUGAAUAUCUUGCGCAUUAUACCCCGUCUCAGAUUAAUUGGAUAGGCUCACUACAACUGUGUCUCAUGUAUCUCCUCGGCUUAGCGGUUGCAGGACUAUUUGAUGCUGGUCAUUUUCACUUCAUAUCCAUCGCGGGCUCUAUUCUGUUCCUUUUCAGCUUUUUUAUGUUAUCGUUAGCCAAGGAAGGACAGUACUACCAAGUAUUCUUGUCUCAAGGACUUGGUAUGGGAAUUGGGACAGGCAUCAUGUAUACACCGACUUCCUCUGUGGUCGCUCACCACUUCAGAAAACGAAGGAAUAUAGCCAUGGGAAUUAUCACAACCGGCAGUGCCUUUGGAGGCUUCUUUUUCUCUUCAAUAUUUGGCCAUUUCUUGGGUGGCUCCAUUGGGUUCGCAUGGGGGAUUCGAAUUGGAGCAUUCGUGUGUCUGGGGUGUCUAUGCACCGCAAAUUUGUUGAUGCGAACAAACUAUCCUCAAAAGCAAACGCCUCGGGCGCUAUCAGCGACAGCGACACCGUUGACGACGCUUCUCAGGACGCCCGCCUACAUGUUCAUCAUCCUUUACGGAUUGACCAUCUCUCUAUCCCUUUAUAAUCCUAUGUUUUCAGUGGAGCUUUUCGCUCAGGAGCAUGACAAUAUACCGAGUACUCUGACGAGCUACCUGGUGGCUAUUAUCAAUCUCAGCAGUACACUAGGACGAACUAUUCCGAACUGGCUAGCCGAUCGGUAUGGCGUAUUUCCUGUGUACAUCCCAUGUGUUGCUGCUGCCGGUAUCAUGGCACUAGUCAUGACGGUCUGCACAACGGCAGCGUCCAUCACCGUCUUCUGCGUUCUAUAUGGAUUUUUUUCCGGCGCUUGCGUAUCGCUCUUCUUCCCUGCCGUACUAUCUCUCGAUCCAGACCUGACCCGCUCCGGCCUUCGACUUGGUCUCGCCUCCGUCCCGGUCGGCAUCGCUUCUCUCGCAGGAACACCAAUAGCAGCGGCAGUAGUGGGCGGAAAUCAUAGAUGGUGGGCGGGAAGCGUCUUCACUGGGGUCUUGGAGCUCGCAUCGGCAGGACUGUUGUUGGCGGUAUAUGUUACAAAGCAGCGGUUUUCCGUCCCAACGUGAAGUUGACAAGUUUCUUUUGAUCUUGAAUUGAUUUUCGUUUUUAUACGCUUUAGAUACAUAAUUUGGGCGCCUUUAGACUAUCAAUUUUAAUAAUGACUUUAUCAGUUGGGCCCUACAACGGACAGAACUUC